UAUCUUUUAGGAAGCGGAAGUUGUAAUAUUUACAAAUGAGCUAACAGCCAGCGAGCUAACAGGCAGGUGAGCUAUGCUUUCCUGGUCUAAUGCGGCUUUUUUAUGUAUUAUUAGGACCGAAAUUAAAGCGUUAAAUCUCGUAACUGCGGGUGUUUUUGUCUCAAACCUCACCCCGCGGUCGGCCGCUCUCACCCGGACUCUUCUGCCCGGAACCACCUGGGAGAGAAGGCGCUUCUCCGGAGGAAAACAAAUGCCCAGAAAGGAGGUGAAAAAGAAGCCGGUGGCGGCUGCAAGCGCAGCAGCUCAGACACCAGCUCCAGGUCCAGUUUCUGAGGACAAAAGUGGAGCUGUCACUGUGAGCGUGCACGUGAAACCCGGCUCCAAGCAGAGCGGCAUCACAGACGUCUCUACCGAGGCUGUGGGAGUCUCCAUUGCAGCUCCACCUACAGACGGAGAAGCAAACACAGAACUCAUCCGGUACCUGGCAGAAGUUCUGGACCUCAAGAAGAGCCAGAUAUCUCUCAGCAAGGGCUCCAGAUCCAGAGACAAACUCAUCAGAGUGGACUCCUCGCUCAGUCAGGAGGAGGUGCUUAGGAGGCUCCAGGAGGCUGUUGGCUAAUCGAGGGAGAGAAGCUAGACUUUCAUCCUCCAUCUUGUCAGGUCUCUCAUAGUUCCAGAGAAUCCUUAAAAAAUCCAGCGGCAGGAUUAUUCUCAUGUCUGUUCUGGAUUUAUAGAAUGUUUUGUAAAUAAAUUGUUUUUUUUAAUUAAA